UCUGGUGCUACUGCAGGUCAUUAAUGUUUAGGAGAAGGAACAAUGGCUGGAGGUUCUCGCUUCUUGUUUGCCUUUCUUCUCUUCUGUGUUUUUGAUGCAUUUGACAACAGACUAGUGCCAUACAAUGUGGGGGAUUGCACUGAGAUGAGAGAAAAGUUGGAUUCUGUGACCACACAGCUCCAGGAAACAACCCGGCAUAACAGCCAGCUGGAUGGGGAAGCCCUGGUGUUAAGGAGGGAGGUCGGGAAGCUGAAGCUCCAACUCUCCACUUGCAGUUCUGUGUUGCCGUACAUCAGUACCUCACAUUUCACCCAGCUGCAGAAGGAAAUGAUUAACCUGCUUGAAGCCAUUGAUAGUGAGAUGUCUAAAGUUUUAAAGAUCACGGCACUGACCUGGCAUGUUAAAGCUUUCCAGAGGAGUGUUGAAUCUGCUUCCAACUCAACUGAAACUGAGAUAAGAGCUCUGAAAGCCCAACUGAGUGCAAAGACCGCCGAGCUGGACGCUGAGAAUGAGAAAAUUAACAAAACUGACAAAAACUGGGAAUUAAUCCUAGAGAUAAUCUCCCAGCAAGUUGAGAUUGUGGACUUGUGGCAGACUGAAUUUCUAAGCCAAACUUCUGCCAGUGUUGAUGAAAGACUUAUGGCUCUGCAAGAGCUGCUGGACAGGAAGCUUGGCGAGCUGCAAAGGAGAGAACACCCCCUCUAUGAUGUCCUGAAGCUGAUUUCUGUGCGCACCGAGAUUAAGAUAAUGGAGAGAAGGAUCAAUAUCUUGAAUGAUAAAUCCAAAAUUGAGGUUUCUGAUGCUAAGAGGCAACUGAGGCAAAAAGUUGAGCAGCUGCAAGGAGCAAUUAUGCAGCUGACUGAUCGGGAGAAUGACAAGAAUCUUACGAGGGAAAUUCUGCGGCUGCAGAUAGAGGUGGAACGUUUGUCAAAUUUGAUUUCGAAUCUGGACACAAAAGGACCCAAAAUCACAGAGCUAACGGAGCAGAUCGAGGAAAAGAAGAGAGAAGAGAUUUUUUUGAUAAAUUUAAUGAGAAAUGCGGACAAUGCUGUUUCACAGCUGAUCAUGAGAAGUAUCGUCAUAAUGGAGGAGCUGAGACACCUACAGCCGACUACUGGUUCACAGGAUGUUCUGACGCUUAUUCAAACCUAUAAACAAGACUACGGCAACGCUCAAACUGAAAUACAGAAUCUGAAGAAGCAGCUUAAUUGGACACGUGAGCAAUGCUCUGGACUCCAGGAACAAUAUAAGAGGCUAACGGGUGAACUGGAAAAUAAGAUCGAACAGUUGAACAAAACUGGAGACUCUCCAGCUGCCCUCAUUCUGAGUUUAACAAGCAUUCAUGAUGAAAUCAAGACUUUAAAGAAGAAGAUCUUAACCUUAACCGAUCCAAAUGAUACUGCAAGGCUACAGAAGCUGCUGCAAGAGAAAAAAGAGGAGCUGAAGAUCAAGACUGCAGACAUAGAGAGACUGAUUCCCAACUCACAGAUAAUUUUGAUGAUCAUCAACCUUCUGAAUGACGUCUGGGAUCUUCAGAGCAAGUACACUAAUGGGACGAGUGAGGAGAUAACAGCAAUGCAAGAGAGACUAGAGGGACUGCUCAGUGAGCUGGACAGCACAGAGGAGGGAAACAUGAAGCAGCUGAUGACAAUCCUGAUCCUGCAGAGUCAGGUGGAGUAUCUUCAGAAACUGCUGCCAAAAGCGGAGGACUCAAAGACCCAGAAAGUUACCCAGCUCAGUAAUGAGCUUGAAGCCAAGCAGGCAGAGUUGGAUCAAGUCUUCAUGGAGAUGGCUAAAAGCAACCAGAACACCACUGAUCUGUUGAAAAACAUCUUUUCUCUGCAAAGCCGGCUCAGGCAACUGGAAACCAACAAGGAAAUUGAGGACAAAGCUAUUAUAUCCAAGCUGAGAGAACAACUGAAGAUGAAAGAGAAGGAGAACGUGGAACAUCAGGCUUUGAUCAGAACUCUGCAGGUUGCUUUGAACCAGACUGAUGUACAGUGUUCUCAGGAUGAGCAGAAAAUUAAAGAUCUGCAAAAGCGUUUUGACGCCGCAAUUGAGGAACUCGGUACCAGGUCAGACAGAGUGACAUCUCUCACUCUUCAAGUUUCUACACUCACUCUGCAGCUGGAAGAACUGAAGAAACAGCUGGAGAACUCUGUUUCUCAAUCUGUAGCUGAAGAGCUUCAGAGAAGUAUUGCUCAGCAAAGUGCAAAGUUGGAGAACAAAACAGAGGAGCUGAGAAAACAAAGCACUGAAGCACAAAGACUUUUACAGAUUAUUGACACACAAGUAAAGAUCGAGCAGCAGACACUCACAGCUUCGAAUGAAUCCGAUUACGCCAAGGUCAGAGCUCUCCAAGACCACCUCAAUCACUUGAUAGAUGGAAUUCAGGAUAGAGACAAUGAAAACACAAAACUAACUUUACAAAUUUUGGCUCAACAAGAAGAAAUAGCAAGACUGAUAAAGGAGCAGGAGAGCCAGCUGGGAGCAAAGGCCAAGAAAAUUAAAGAUCUGGAAGACAACUUAGAUUUGGUCAGAAAUCAGAUGCAAGCAAAAACUGAUUUGCUGAAAAAAAGCACCACCAGGAUUGCAAAUCUGUCCGCUCAGAUCAUGGAGCUCCAUGAGAAAAUUGGACCACUGCAGGAGGAAUUAGCAGACCUCAAACAGACAUAUGCUGAAAACCUUGCAGAUCUUGAGGAGAGACUCAAUAUCACUAAGAACAAACUGCAAAACACUGAACUUCAGCUCAAGAACGCUGACACAGAAAACUAUAAUCUAAUAAAGAAAAUUGCAGAUUUGAAGGCUGAGCAGAAAAAAGCCAAGGAGGAGGCUUCCCAAACUCUGAAGAAAAGCACUGAGGCCCAGGAACGACGGAAAAGGCAAGAAAAAGAGAACAACAGACUCGAAAGCACCAACAGAGACUUGAAGCAACAGGUGGAAGAGCUGGAAAACUGCUGCAAAGCCAGCCCUAACUGUGAAGACCAAAAUAGACAGCUGCAGCAGUGCCAGGAGGAUGCAGAUCUUCUCCAUCAGUUCCUUCAGGAAAAGGACGCCGCCCUCAAACAGCUGCAGGAUGAAAUCGAGGAACUGCGCCAGGAGAAGGAUCAAUUGCAGGAGGACUACGACAAUGUAGUGAAGAAACUAAAUAAGGUGGACGACAGGACCAUCCAUGGCGAGAGAGUCACCUGGGAUCCAAAUACGGCACAUCCGAGAAUAGUUCUGUCUGCCAACAACACCGAGGUAUACACCACCAACAGGGUCCAGGUCCGGAACAACCCCGACAGGUUCGACGUGACACUCGGCGUCCUGGGUGCAACCGGCUACUCAAGCGGCCGCCGUUACUGGGAGGUGUAUGUAGCGGAGAAGAACUGCUACCACAUUGGGAUGGCCAGCGAUGCAGCAAGGAGGAAAGGGUCGUUAACCUUCAAGCCCUCAUACGGUUACUGGACCAUAGUCCUGAACAAACAGCAGGAACUCAAAGCCAUUGAUAGGAGAUCUCACACUCUGAAGGUUAAUAGGCUUCCCGUCACGCUGGGAAUUCUGCUAGACUAUGAGAAGGGACAGGUUUCCUUCUAUGACGCUACAGCCAGAUCGCAUCUGUACUCGUUCACAGGUCACGAUUUUACAGGCAACAUCUAUCCCUUUCUCAACUAUUGUGUUGAAGAUAUUGAUAAUUCCAACCCAAUAGUUUCACUUAAUCCAGGAUCAACUGACUGGAUUAAUUAAGCUACAAGUUCGGUUUUGUCACAUUGUCUAACAAGCGUCUCCCUGGUGAACAAAUGUUUUCACAGUGGAAUAUUCUACUGAAUUAAAGGGCAUUUACACAUUUUGUCUUUGUGAUUGUGAUUAUUUGUGACUUGUUUCUCC